AUUCCUUUUGGUUUCAGAAGCUCUGGGCCAGAGAAUACCUACCAGAUCCAAGGCAUCAGAGAAAACAACAUUAAACAAGCAGACUACCCUUCCCCUUCUUGCCACUUAUGCUUUAUGAGACUGCAGUGGCCACUGUCUUCAUGUACGGUUUCAGGAACAGGAAAAAGAACACUACUACACAGGAGGAAAAGCAGCAUCUGUAUUGUGAAGCCAAAAAUGUUUCUCAUACUUUUUGAAGAAGUAGGUUUGAGUCACAUAGUCCACCUUAGCUGCAAGGAAGGCUGGGGUUAUUUGGACAAGGGUGGUCGGGCAAUGCUUAGCCCUGAGCAAAAUAAGAAGUCUCUUCAGAUAGAAGACAGAGUACGGAUACUGCAUAAGCAAACAGGAAUUGGGACGCUCACCCAGGACACACUAUGGUGCUUCAGCCAAGUGAAAGGUACUAUCGAGAUUGGAACUACAGAAGCUGACAUUAUCUCUACGGUAGAAUUCAACCACACAGGAGAAUUACUAGCGACAGGGGACAAGGGGGGUCGGGUUGUAAUAUUUCAACGAGAGCAGGAGAGUAAAAAUCAAGUUCAUCGUAGGGGUGAAUACAAUGUUUACAGCACAUUCCAGAGCCAUGAACCCGAAUUCGAUUACCUGAAGAGUUUAGAAAUAGAAGAAAAAAUCAAUAAAAUAAGAUGGCUCCCUCAGCAGAAUGCAGCUUACUUUCUUCUGUCUACUAAUGAUAAAACUGUGAAGCUGUGGAAAGUCAGUGAACGUGAUAAGAGGCCAGAAGGCUAUAAUCUGAAAGAUGAGGAGGGCCGGCUCCGGGACCCAGCCACCAUCACGACCCUGCGGGUGCCCGUCCUGAGACCCAUGGACCUGAUGGUGGAGGCCACCCCACGGAGAGUGUUUGCCAACGCACACACGUAUCAUAUCAACUCCAUAUCAGUCAACAGCGACUACGAAACCUACAUGUCUGCUGAUGACCUGAGGAUUAACCUAUGGAACUUUGAAAUAACCAAUCAAAGUUUUAAUAUUGUGGACAUCAAGCCGGCCAACAUGGAGGAGCUCACCGAGGUGAUCACAGCCGCGGAGUUCCACCCCCAUCACUGCAACACCUUCGUGUACAGCAGCAGCAAAGGGACGAUCCGGCUGUGCGACAUGCGGGCGUCGGCCCUGUGCGACAGGCACACCAAGUUUUUUGAAGAGCCAGAAGAUCCAAGCAACAGAUCAUUUUUCUCUGAAAUUAUCUCUUCGAUUUCGGAUGUGAAGUUCAGCCACAGUGGGAGGUAUAUUAUGACCAGAGACUAUCUGACCGUGAAAGUCUGGGAUCUCAACAUGGAAAACCGCCCCAUUGAGACUUACCAGGUCCAUGACUACCUCCGCAGCAAGUUGUGCUCCCUCUAUGAAAAUGACUGCAUUUUUGAUAAAUUUGAGUGUGUGUGGAAUGGAUCCGACAGUGUCAUCAUGACGGGGUCCUACAACAACUUCUUCAGGAUGUUCGACCGAAACACCAAGCGCGACGUGACCCUUGAGGCCUCGAGGGAAAACAGCAAACCCCGGGCUAUCCUCAAACCCCGAAAAGUGUGCGUGGGGGGCAAGCGGAGAAAAGACGAGAUCAGUGUUGACAGUCUGGACUUUAGCAAAAAGAUCUUGCAUACAGCUUGGCAUCCUUCAGAAAAUAUUAUAGCAGUGGCGGCUACAAAUAACCUAUAUAUAUUCCAGGACAAGGUUAACUAGGAGGACAAGUUAUUACUUAAUCUCACAUACUGAACAUUAGUCAAACGAGUUUUUAAAUGUU